AUGUUUAAGCUAUUCGUUUUUAUAUGCCUAUGCCUGGCCCUGGCCUUGGCUGCGCCGGGUCUGCUUCACUCCACGACGCCCAUUUUGACCAGCACUUCGUAUCAUAGCCUGCCAUCAGUGCGUUUGAUCCGUCCGAUUUGGACUUCUUCGCUUGCAUCGCACAGCAUUGUGCGUCCGUUAAAUUAUGGCGGCGGAUACGGCGGCGGCUAUGGUUGGUGGUAAAUACUGCAAUGUCUACCACAACCAGCUUGAGAUGACAGCUUUAAGUUGCCGCCUUGA